AUGGAGUUUCCUAAAACUGGCCAACAGUGCACAAUUGAUGAUUGCAAACAAUUAGAUUUUUUACCUUUUACUUGUAAUUAUUGCGGUGAUAUCUUUUGUAAAAAUCAUUUUCAUGUUACAUGCCACAAAUGUUGCAAAGUUAUUGACAAUGAAGCUGAUGGUACAGAGAAAUUGACUCACUUUGUUUGUACUAAAGAUGAAUGUUCAGAAAAGUCACCUGUAGAAAUGCCAUGCGUCAAAUGUAAGAAACAUUUUUGUUUGAUACAUCGUCAUCAUGGUUGCUUAGAAUUGAGCACUGAGCAAAAAUUAAGUGAACUUAAGAAAUGGGAAAAGCCAAAACAGGAAUUUGUAAAUGCCAAAACUGUUGCUGAUAAAGAAAUUGCUAAAAAUUUGAAAAAAUCACAAAAUUCUGCUAUGGCAAAUAAGGUACGACUUAUGAGGCUCAAAAGCAAGUCCUGUGGAAAUAAUGGUAUUCCGGCUGAUGAACGAUGCUACUUUUUGGUGUAUUAUCCUAUUAAUGGCUCAACCAAAAGUUCUGAGAGUUCUAAAGGAGUUUUUGUUUCCACAUACUGGAGUAUUGGUAAAGUCAUUGAUACAAUUGCUGACUUGUUGAAGGUACCAAACAAUAAUAAUAAUACAAAUGCGAUAAAAUUGAGAUUGUUCGACUAUUCAACUGGAAACAUUGUAGAAGAUCAGAUGGAUACUAAUUUGGGUAAAGUUAUAGAAGCUAAAACAUUAUUUAAUGGCCAAGAUGUUAUUUUAGAAUACUCAAAUGAGAAAAUAAUUGAUUGUAAUUUGUAUUAAUAAAGUAAAUUUUCCGAAUUU